GAACGCUAAAUUUGGCGGAGCCAACUAUAUAUCUAUAUUUACAAUAAAACGUUCAGAAACUUAGACCUGAUGGAGCACCGUCCGGGACGGGCUCACAUUUCAAGUUUGACCGGAUACCUAUGCCCACCCAGCCCAGGCCUGGCUCGAGCAGGAUUAUUUUUGUUAAUUUUUACAGAUCCGGCCCGAUUUUGGAUUAGGCCUUCUUUUUUGCCCCAACCCAGUAAAUUUCGGGCUGGGCUGGACGCUGCCCGUGAUCAGCUCUACCCGGAACCACGGCCAAUCUGAGGGCUCCCCUCCGUUCCUCCAAACCUUUACCAAUUUUCCCACUUUGUAAGCCGGGCGCUCUUACUCGCUCCUCUGGACUCUCCUCGAAACCCUAUCGCAUGGACAAGGAUCGAUCCAGCCGGAAAUCCCGAGACGAUCGCGAGAAGGAUGGAGAUUCCGUCAAGGAUCACCACCGCCGUGACCGCGACCGCGACCGGGAUCACAAGCACCGGCACCACCACCCCGAGGUGAAGCGCCACGGAUCGAGGGACGAGCGGCACCGCGACGAUGACCGCCGCCGCCGCUCCCGGGACGACUCGCCUUCUGAUCUUGAGCCGAGGAGGGAGGAGAAGCGCCACGGUUCCCGGGACGAGCGGCACCGCGACGAUGACCGCCGCCACGGAGGCCGUGAAGACUCCCCAGCCGAUCUUGAGCGGAGACGCGAGCGGUCGACGAGUAGGGCUAGGGAUUCUGUCGAGCGGGGUAGGGUUUCCCUCGAGCAGUCCGUGGAGCGGCGCCACCACUCGUCUUCCUCGCGGAAAAGGAAGGAGCACGAAGGAGAUGAGGAGGAGUGGGACAAGAACGGCAAGCGGGUCAGGGUUUCUGAUGGGGUGAGAGAGGAGAAGAGGGAGAGACGGCGUUUUGAGGACCGGGCGGUAGAGGAUUCGAGCGAUCUGAAUGGGGUUUCCAAAGAAGAGAGGAAAGAAGAGAGGGUUUCGAAGGAUAGACGGAAGGAAGGAGGGUUGAGGGCUAUGGAAAAGGAUAGGGAGGACAACAGGAUGAAGGAAGAAGUCAUGGGCGACGCAGAAAUCAAGAAACCGCGGAAAGAAGGGAGGAGGUUUAGUGAUAGUGUCGAGGCAGGGGAGAAGAAAGAUGAAGAUGAACCUAAAGCAGUUGAUAAUAAAGAAGUGAGAGAGGAGUGGAGAUCUAAGGAUAGGGUUAAGGAAGAAAAUUUGGGGACUGUGGAUGAGGCAAAAACGUCAGUUUCAUCCGUUAAUUCAAAAGAUGAGUCGGGCAACACGCAAGUGGUUAAUGGUGAUCAGAGCAGGAUGGCGAUGGAGAAGAGCGGUUCCAGACCUAACGUCAUUGCUCAGGAACCGCUUACUGUGGCAUCAAAGGUUUCUAUUAGCUCUGCCGCUUCUUAUCCCUUUCCUACCAAGGUAUCUUCAAUUACUACCACCAAUGAAAAUGAGGGAGUUAGUAUUAGAUCUGAUGAGGUUCCUGGAAAAUCCAGUACAGAUGGGACAGCAACUUCAGUCGCUGGCAAAAGUGGCAGCCUAUCUCUUGAUGCUUUAGCGAAAGCUAAAAAGGCUUUACAAAUGCAGAAGGAACUAGCGGAAAAGCUGAAGAAGCUUCCUACGCUAAAUAAAGUUGCUGGUACAAGCACUGAGAACUCCAAGGUAGUAUAUAACAAGGAUGGGCCUAACAUUCCUCCAUCAGGUUUAGGAGCACCAGCUGGUUCUUCGACUUCUGCCUCUGCAAAACCAGUUCAGGCAAUGCCAAGAUUACCUGUCGGGGUAACACCAUCUGAAAAGCCAUCUGCUGCAGGUGGCAUCGGCAUUCUUCCUGGGCUCACAACAAUACCUAAUAUUGAAGCUGUAAAGCGAGCACAAGAGCUUGCUGCUCAGAUGGGAUUUCGCCAGGAUCCAGCCUUUGCACCUCUCAUAAAUAUGUUUCCUGGACCGUCAUCGACUGAUGUAGCUGCACCUCAGAGACCUGCCAAGGCUCCUGUUCUGCUCUUAGAUGCUCAGGGUAGAGAAAUUGAUGAGCAUGGAAAUGUCAUUAAUAUGCCCAAGUUGACAAAUCUCAGUACUCUGAAGGUCAACAUCAACAAACAGAAGAAAGAAGCAUUUCAAAUUAUCAAACCAGAUUUAGAUGCUAUUGCAGAAUCAAAUCCUUAUUUUGAUGAUAGGAUGGGUAUUAAUAAAGCAAAGCUCUUGAGGCCCAAAAGGAUGACAUUUCAGUUUGUAGAGGAAGGCAAAUGGUCAAAGCAAGCAGAGAUGAUAAAAUUUAAGAGUCAAUUUGGAGAAGCACAAGCAAAAGAAUUGAAGAUGAAGCAGUCACAGCUUGCAAAGGCAAAAGCUGAGCCCGACAGUAACCCAAAUUUGAUAGCAGUAGGGGUGAGAGUUACUAAAGAGAAGAAGAAGGAAGAGAUCCCUGAAAUAGAGUGGUGGGACAAGCCAAUUUUACGAUCAGGUAUCUAUGGUGAUGUCGCCAAUGAGAAACUAAACAUGGACAAGAUCACAAUAUAUAUAGAGCACCCACUUCCAAUUGAGCCCCCAGCAGUGCCUGCCCCACCACCGCCACAGCCUCUGAAGCUUACGAAGAAGGAGCAGAAGAAAUUAAGGACGCAGAGGCGCCUUGCGAAGGAAAAAGACAGGCAAGAAAUGAUCAGGCAGGGCCUGCUAGAGCCUCCCAAGCCCAAGAUCAAGAUGAGCAAUCUCAUGAAAGUCCUCACAUCCGAAGCAACUCAAGACCCAACAAAGCUUGAAAUGGAAAUUCGUAGUGCUGCUGCUGAGCGUGAACAAGCUCAUGUCGAUAGAAACAUUGCUCGGAAGCUCACCCCUGCAGAACGUCGUGAGAAAAAAGAGAGGAAGCUCUUUGAUGAUCCAAACACACUUGAGACCCUUGUUUCUGUAUACAAGAUUAAAGACCUUUCGCACCCACAAACACGCUUCAAAGUUGAUGUGAAUGCCCAAGAGAACCGAUUGACAGGAUGUGCUGUGAUGUCAGAUGGCAUCAGUGUUGUGGUUGUGGAAGGGGGUAGAAAACCAAUUAAAAGAUAUGGCAAGCUGAUGCUGAAACGGAUAAACUGGGCUGCUGCUGUUAGCAAUGAGGAAAAUGCUGAGGACUCAGAUGCCCCUACCAACAGUUGUGUUUUAGUGUGGCAGGGUAGCGUUGCAAAACCUAGCUUCCAUAGGUUUCUUGUUCACCAGUGCAGAAGCGAGGUUGCUGCCAGGAAGGUGUUUGCAGAUGCUGGGGUUCCACACUAUUGGGAUCUGGCUGUCAAUUACUCUGAAGAACUGUUGUAAGCGAAGCUGCUAUGAGUAAAUUUAGGGACUGCAAGGAUCUGUGAACAAUUAGAAAGUUUGCUUUUAUAUGGCUCCUUGGACAAUAAGCUUUUCAAAUCUAUUUUUCAGACAUUAGUUGGUUUUGAUGAACCCUGGGCGUACUGCUUAUGCUCUGAAGCUUCUUUUUGACCUGAAUUCCCAUAUGGGUUCUUAUUUUAUGGGCCUGAAGCUUCAUCAUCCUAUGCGCGCUUCCAGCAAGAAAGCAUCAUAAGUUUUGGAUGCAUGGCAUGCGACGCGAGGUACCAGCGCACCUUUUGAUGAAGUGAGUUGUUGCUGUGACUGAGAUGAUCAAAAUUAUUAACUGUGGUGACCGGGAUAGUUAUAAUACUUAAAUGUAUCCUUUAUUUCAUGGAUUGAUUUUGGAAAAAAAAGGGUUCUUUUCACGGAUCAGAGCAAAAUUUGCUACAUUUGUUAGGUUGCAUUGUGGGCUUGGGUGUGAUGAGUCCUUUAUACAGAAACAUUUGUGAGCACAAGUGAGUUCGUAAGCUCAUUCAGUUUUCAGAGUUCUCCACAGGGAACGCGUUGAGAACCACCAGCUCAAUAGCAAGAAUGAAUGGUUUGGCAGAUGCUGAUGCCAUCUUUAUUUAUUGUUGCCUGCUGAUCGAUCAUCAAGACCCCGAUGAAAGUGUGACUCAUACCCUGGUUAGAUGCUGUUGUAAUGCAACCCUGGAGAACCAGAAAGCAUAUUUGAUACCCAAAAUACUGUUGCUGUGAUUCUGAAGCAAGAUCUCAAAUGUCAUUAACUGGGUAAUCAGACUGUUUGCACCGAAUCUCUACUUUCUAUCAGCGCGGAGGUACUAAAGCUCCAGGAGACUGAUAAAUGGAAGGUGGGCCUACCGAUGAACUCCAAAUAGGAUGCAACAAAAGAGUGUCACAGCACAAAUGUACGUCCCUGAGAUGCGCAGCGUACUUAUUUUGUCUGCUCGCUUUCUUACUGCAGUAGUUUUUCGGCUCUUUACCGCCAAACGACAGUCACAAUGUCGUUAUGUAAUGAACGAAAAUAUGCAUACGUACAGUUGCAUUAUUUUCCGGUA